GGGGCUGCCUCAGUUUUCUGUAAUCGCUUUUCUGCUGCUGCUACCUCCAGUUAAAUAGCUAGGACACGGGAGCGAGCAGACGGCCGUGUGAGGAUAUACUUUUUUCGGUACCUUGGGAUUACGACGCGGAAUUGCAGCAUCGACGGCCAGCCGCCAGGGCCCACGAUGUCCAGUGAAGUGCAAAGACCGGACGAUAGCCCCAGCACCAGCGGGGGAAGCUCAGAUAUUGAACAAAGGGAAACAGUACCGCCUGAGCAGGAGCGAGAGCAAGCACAGCCCAAAAAGAAGGAGACCAAGAUCUCAAGUAAAACUGCUGCUAAACUUUCGACUAGUGCCAAGAGGAUUCAGAAAGAGCUUGCAGAAAUAACACUAGACCCUCCUCCAAACUGCAGUGCUGGUCCCAAAGGAGACAACAUCUACGAGUGGAGGUCGACCAUCCUGGGACCUCCCGGCUCCGUGUAUGAGGGGGGAGUCUUCUUCCUGGACAUCGCCUUCACACCAGACUACCCUUUUAAGCCCCCCAAGGUCACGUUUCGUACGAGGAUCUAUCACUGCAACAUCAACAGUCAGGGGGUGAUCUGUCUGGAUAUCCUGAAGGACAACUGGAGCCCCGCCCUCACCAUCUCCAAGGUGCUGCUGUCCAUCUGCUCCCUGCUCACAGACUGUAACCCAGCCGACCCUCUGGUGGGAAGCAUCGCCACACAGUACCUGACCAACAGAACAGAGCAUGACAGAAUAGCCAAACAAUGGACGAAGAGAUACGCCACAUAGACUCCCCCUGCCGAGAGCCCACCCCCCUUUACCUCCCUCUCUCCCCUCUCACUGUACCUCUCUCUACCUCUCGCUCUCACCCUUAUUAGUCUGUCAAAGCACACUCACUAAGUGCAACGGUAAACCCGCCCUCCUAUCACCCCCUCUUCCUCCUCCUCCACCGCCUCCCCGACAUUUUAUCUACCUUUUCUGUGUAAAAAAGAAAAAAACUGAAACAAGAAAAAAAAUGUCCUUUGUUCCUUGUUGACUUGAAAGCUUCUUUUUUAUACAAAGAGUAGAUUGGGAUUUUUAUUUUCCAAUAUCUGAAUGUUGGAAGUAUUGUAUUGGAGAAAAAACACAGAAUAUUAUAAUUAUCAUACACAUCGUCCUCUGGCUAUACAGUAUGUAUUCUCAUUUUCUUAGCAGCACCUGGAACAAACAUGCAGACGAUUUGCUUUGUUUUUUUUUAUUUUGUAUUUGUCAUCGAUAUCUGGUAUCUGCAUGAAACAGAAAGGUUUGCGUCGAUGGAUUCCUUCAUGCUUUUUAACUUCCUCUGAUUUUGUUUGUACUGUAUGUAUUUUUUCAAAGGCUUUUGAGGCAGACCACAAAAGUAUAGGUCUGCCUGUGAAAGAGGCAGGACUUGUAUAUUUACUGGCUACCCGCCACCUCUGCAAUUGCAGAGUGGUUUGUUGUGCACUUGUAUUACUGAAGCACCCAAUAAAACACACUGUGGUCGGCUUGUGAGA